AUGGCUGGCGAAACAUCUAAAGAUGCUGGAUUGAAAACAACGCAGGAAAUCGAACGAGCUAUGAAGGAGACGAUCGACCGCCUGCACACCGAGAUGGACGACAGAUUCACUCGUUUGCACGACACUGAUGCGAAGUUUGGCUUUCUUCUCGACGUCGAGGGAUUAUGUACCGGUAUCAGCAGGGACAUCUUGAAGACAAAGUGCGAGAACUUCAGCCAGACUUACAACCGUGAUGUUGAUGGUGAGCAGCUGUACGAGGAGAUUUUGGACUUCAGAAUGAUGAUCAGUACGAGGACGAACGUCAAACUAACACGACCUGAAGAUGUUCUGCUGUUCAUCGUGCAAUACGGAGAUGAGAGCGUGUUCCCGAAUCUUCGAAUCGCCAUUCAGAUCUUAUUAACGAUUGCUGUUUCGAUUGCGAGCUGCGAAAGAUCUUUCAGCAAAUUAAAAUUGAUUUUAAACUAUCUUCGAGCCUCCAUGGGACAGGAUCGGUUGAGCGACCUUGCUUUGCUGAGUGUUGAACGGGAAGAGGUCGAGAAGAUUGAUUUUAAUUCCAUUAUCGAUGCUUUUGCCGCAGCGAAGGCGAGCAGACGGCAAGGCGUGUAA